AUGAUAAGUCACACCUGUCAAUAUCCUACUUGUGGGAAACGAUUUACUAGAGCUGAACAUCUGCGUCGCCAUGCCUUGAACCAUGAGCAACCUCGGAAUGACUUUACUUUGAGACAUAUGAUGCGGCAUACGAAACGGGACGAAGAAGCGGGAGGGCCAGGAAUGGGGGUGUUGAAAACACGGAAGAGAACACGGAGAGCGAGGGAUGGAUCUAUUAUUGUGCGCCCUUCACAACGAGAGAUGCGCUCUGCGGCGAGAUGUACGACGUCAUCUGCUUGUUCCGACCGGAGGAUGGAAGAGUAUGAGGAGGGGAUGGAGGGUGAGGAAGAAGAGACGCCGUUCAUAGAUGAGGAACCCCUCUCACCACCCAUUUCUGGCACGGAUCAUAAUUCUCUGUCCAUCGAUGGGAAUGAUUCGGUAUUGGCCUUUAUGAUGCCUGGCGGGCCUUUUGAGCCCUUUGUUGAGCCUGUUCCUGGACAGUUUGACGCUGCCGAUGGAUCGUUCAACAUGGGUCUGGAUGGCAUGAGUGAUUUCUUUGGCAUGGAUACUGCGACCGAUUUCAAUCUACCCUUUGCGGCUACGUGUAACUACAACUGGUUGUUCAAUGUCAACUCGCUCGAUGAGGCCUUUCACCAAUUCGACUUUCCCCUCGGCUUCGACACCAAUCCUCUCCCAGAUAAAAUCAACAAAGACGGUCAGUCUCCGGAAAAGUAUGAUGGUCCAUCGAUGCUGUUGGAGGGGGUUUCGAUGAUGAACAAAGUCCCAAGUUCACACACAUUAUCUCCGAACCCGUCCGACCUUAUUGGCAUGGACUGGAUGUCUGGUUCGUCAUAUUUGGGUCCCAACUCUCCACAAAAUCUGCCACAAUUGUCCGAUGAUGCCCAAAGAGUCAUCCUAGCACUCGUGGCUCAAACACAGCCUGCGGACAAAGACGGCCAACCGAUGGCCCUCGAUUCACCUUUGCUCACUCUACCCGCAUUGCAAGGUUACUGCGAUCUAUUCUUUACUCAUUUCAAUGUUACCUAUCCGCUCAUCCAUCAACCAACAUUCAACCCAAACGUUGUCGACCCGGUCUACCUGGCUGCUAUUCUAUUUAUGGAGGCUACAUAUGGCACCAGAGAAGCCCAUCAGCUGGCUGUGGGCGUCCACGAUAAACUACGAAAUCAGCUACUAUGCCAUGUCGACUUCUCACCGCAACCUGAGCUCUGGGUACUGCAGACCAUGCUUUUGAUUGAUUGUUUUGGCAAGAUGAGGGCAGGUCCCAAGCAGCGAGAAAACGCUCAAUUGUUCCAUUGUGUCUUAAUAAAACUGAUUCGCCGGCGCAAUUGUUGCAAUAUUCAAGAUUCAUUCGACCUAGCUAGUUUAGGGGACCUCGAUCAGGCAUGGAGACAAGCCAUGAAUGCGGAACAGCGGAAGCGUUUAGCCAUGCAUUGUUUCAUGUGGGAUACUCAGCAUGCAGUUCUCUUCUCACAGUCUCUGUGCAUGUCAGCGUUCGAGAUCAGAUCUUCCUUACCAUGCAGCUCAAUUACCUGGGAGGCAUUGUCUGCCAGGGAGUGGGCACACUCCGCGGUUCGUGAACCAAAGCGCCAAUUCCUCACCGUCCUAAGAGGGUACAUCACCCCGAGCACAGUCACUCGACCCCGGGACUUGAAUGUCUUCGCCCGCACAGUUAUCUUGCACGGAUUGAUGUCCGUUUCUGCGGACCUGAAGCGUCGCGAUCAGACUACACUUCGCUCAGAGACUCCGGAGAAAAUCGGAGCAUGGACUUCACGAAUGGGUCGUUCAUACGAUUUAUGGAAAGUCGACUUCGACGCAGAUUUUCUCGCGAUGAAACUGGCGCAGACUGCGGACCCCCGUUACUUCACGGGAUUGAAAAUGGCUGCGCACGCCCUUUACCAUGCUGCAAGUCUGGCCCUGAAUGUCGAAAUUCUGGACUUGCAGGUUGUCGCAGGAGCCGUACAGAUCCUGGGUCGCGUUGUUGCGCCUGCGGAUCAAUCUCGGUCUCAGAGCACUAUUCUUCGUUGGCUUCAUGAAGGGCCUGAAGCCUCUUCUGUUGCUGCGAGAUAUGCUUCACAUCUUCUUCAAGAUGCUGUAUUGAGUCUGCAUGAUUGGGACCAGACGAGUGCUCUCCAUUUCCCUUGGUGCUUGUAUCUGGCUACGUUGGCGUGCUGGGUGUUCCAUCGUGGAAUAGAUUCGUCUGCGGAAAGUCGGAUCACUACGGAUGUGUCAUCUUUGAUUGUGAUGAUGACCAAUUGUCCUAGUACAAUUGAGUUGGCGGCACUUUCAGGGAAGUAUGAUCCGAAACCGCUGGCGGCGGCGAUGGCUCAACAAUUAGCGACUGUCCGGUGGGCUGUUAUACACGAUGCUAUGAAGGUCUUGGUGGGUUUGUCUUUAUAA